AUUCCCUACGAGCAUUUGAGGCUGCAGCGGAUCGCGAAGAUGGGCUCGGAUGCCCAGACGCUGCAUAAGCUAGACGACGACGAAACGCUGGGGACGUGGCAAGGCAGCUCGGAGCUUCAGGGCUUUAUAACGUAUGCGCUGAUGGCGGAGGAAGUUGAGAUCAUAGCUAGCUUCGAUCCAAGAGUGGUUGAGCGAUGGAAGGUGGGGAAAAUGCUGUGCUAGUUUAUUAGCUUUGUUCUGCAGCAGCCACACUAGAGAAUACUAUUAGCGGUCCCGAGGUCGUUCCAUGUUUAACGAAGCUCUGCGUUGGAGG